GAAGGAGGAGAGAUGGAUGGAUGGAGGGAGAGAGAUAAACGAGAGCAAUGGGAGGGAGGAUGAAAACAAUCUUGACCAACUUAAGGGCAGUAAAAAGCUUGUCUGCUGGCCGGGGGCCUAAAGCACAUUAGCUGCACAGGGAAAAGCCUUUUGGAUGCUAGCCUAAAGACUUACCAGUGAUAAGAGAGGAGAGGCGGGAGAGUCACAUAUGCCCCCUGCUAAUUUAGCUCACCUAGAAACCCAGGGCAGUCUGCCUCGCCUGGCAAUCGGCUUGGAGUGUUUGGCGCAGGCUUAUGCAACGUCCAGUGGAAGUGUGUAGAGAGUUACGGGCUAAGUUCAUAAUGGAGGUAAUCCAGGCUACACGCAGCCCAGUGGCCUGAGCUUAUUUAUGUAUCCUGGUUGGUGAAAGUGGUGCUUCUUGGGAUUUGUAAUUCGGUCUCAACGGGAGCCGGCCAAGAUGUGUCCCGUCACGACACGCUGUGAUCUACCUCAUUCAUUUAGGUUUUACACCGACAUGUCGCGUUGAAGAUUGGGGAAACUGGAUUCGAACCCCACAGCACCCUAACACAAAUGUAUCAAGCAAGUCGGUGGUCAGCGUUGACGUCGCAGGAAAAUAUAUAUCUGAUUUUAACAAUACACGGCAAAUGUGUUGUUUUCCAGUAAAAUCACAUGCCUCCAAGUAUGGUACCAAAUAGAGUAAAGCUACAGUCGAUUCUCGCGAUGUUACGAGAUAACGCGAGAGAUGCUGCAUCACAUAUCGCACCAAAAUCUUGUCAGGCUUCUAGUAAUGCGUUUGUGACCGGUAAGCUAGAGCGUGGACCAAUCGGCCUCCUGUGAGGAGCUACUGGCAGCUACCAGGCAGCUUCGGGCGGGGUUUUAGGUGUGUGUGAGACGACACAGAGAGGCGACCGUUUUUGUUUAAAACGUUUUGAGUAAAGAGACAGAUCAAGCAAAUAUGACAAGAAGUUAUUUUUAUUCCAGGUACCAACUGUUCUUUUGUCUCCUUCACCUACCAUGGCCUCUCUUGUUGCGUAAACAUUUAAACAUCAAUACGAUUUGAUGAAUUUGCCAUCCCUACUCCAAAGGUGAUCUAUAAACAAUGACACUGUAACAACUGCUCUGAAGUCUGCUGCUCCUGAAGCAACAUGAAUCAUUGGGGACAAGAUUCAUGUUCUCUCCACUUUCAUUUUUCUAUGUGACAAAGGUUUGUUUCUUUAUUGUUUUGGACAUUUAUUUUAUUGAAGACCUUUAGUAAAGCUCUUUUUAGGUAGGUGACGAGUAGAUGACACCGUCCCGUAGAGUAGAGCAUGGUGCUCACGCGCUAGCUCUGUUUUAAACUGAACCGAUAAAAGUCACAAUGAAUUAGACACUCUGGCACUGUGCAGAUGACAACACAUACAAGAGACUGUAGUUGCACAUGUUAAAAUGUGGUGCACUCUGUCCUCUCUGCAGGUGCACCUCGGUGGAGGAAUCUGGGUGGAGGAGGAGAAGUGGCACCAGCUGCAGCGGACCCAGGGAGACUCCAAGUUCACAAAGAACCUAGCUGUAAUGAUCUGGGGCACAGAAACCCUCAAGAACCGCAGCGUCACUGGAGUGGCCACCAAAAAGAAGAAAGACGCGUUGCCCAAACCUCCGCUGUCGCCCAGCAAACUGAAAAUUGUCAGAGAGUGUCUCUACGACAGAGUGUCUCAAGAGACAGCCGACAGUGCGGAGAUUACGCAGAGAUUGUCCAAAGUGAACAAAUACAUUUGUGAAAAGAUAAUGGACAUCAACAAGUCCAUCAAGAACGAGGAGCGGCGGGAAUCCAAGUUGCUCAUCAGACAGACAGUGAAGAUGGAGAACUUCACCUACGAUGGCAUGUAGUAAUCAACUGUUGUCACGCCAGCGCCUUCUGACCCCCCUCCCCUCCCCUCCCCUCCCCAUGGUCGGCAGGUUAUUGAGGGGACUAGAUAUGGGUGGUUGGGGGAUGUUUGUCACUGUUUCAAGAGAUUCUUUGACACAUUGGAUUGGUUAAACAAAUAGACCCCCUCCCAGCUCCCUGCAGAGCUACCGUCACCUUCCUCAGUGCCCAGUUCUCCCAUUGGCUGACAGACAGCUUUACCCACCGGUGAGAAAUUGUGAACAAGUGUGAACUAGUUUGAUAUGAGCUGGUAUGAGUGUUUUUAUAAGCUUUACAGUGGAACAUGGUUUACUGACGUGUGUGCAUUUGUGUCAAAGAAAGGAUAUGAUGUAAUUGUGAAGAAAUUGAUUUAUUGUUCUGUGUCAGAACAUAGUUUUGAGUCCUUAAACUUUUAAAAAGUAAGAGGUUAUUUCCCUAGAUAAAGUAUAGUAUAAAGAUAAUGAUGCUAGCUCGCAUUAGAUCUUAGAUGUGUGAACAACAGCUCUGGUACUUACUGCAUAAGAUGAGACGGCAAGGUCUCAAAUGCACAAGUCUUGAUUGGUGAUAGCCAUAUUGCAUUUUGCAGCAGAGAUUCUGUUGCUUCGAGAGAUUAGUUAGAAGUGUGUGCGCGCCCUUAACGUAAGGUCAAUCUCAACUGUUUCAUUAAAAAGACCAAAGCUAACAGAGGUGAAAUGGGAAGUAAUGGGAACUCUAAUGUAGAGGCGAUAGAGUGCUAUUUUUGUUUUUUUAUGUUGACCUUUCAGUUGUGAGCGUUUGUGUUGCUCUUAAUCAAACAAGUCACUUUCGGACAAUUUGACUGUUUUAAUGCGUUUUUAGUGGUACAGGCAUGUAGAUGCCUAGAAAGGCCUUAAAUGGAUUUGGCAAUCACCAGGAGAUGGUAUGCCCCUGGGUUUUUCUAGUAAGCUGUGAUUGUAUAUGUAUAGUAAGCAGAAGCGAUGACGCUUCACCUGCACUUUGCUGCGAGAAUGUGAGAGGUGGCUUGGUACUAUAUGUUCUGCGUGAUUCACACCCAUUGAGUUGAUCUGAGCCGGGCUACUUCCUGCCCUCCGUCUUGUAGUUAAGAGACGCCGCGCUGCGCCAGACAAUGCGAGGAAGAGAAUCGGGGCACAGUCUCUGCACGGUCGAGGUGAUCUUGCAUGUGGAAGCAGUGUUAGCUGUGGGUAAAGCUGUCUGAAACACUAUUGUGCUGUUUGAAGUCAUCCGGGCCUGCUGAACCCCAUAAUAAACCCCGCUUUUUUUUUUUUUAAGCCACGCCACUGGGGAACAAAGUAAGGUCGCUCCAGUGACAGUUUCCUCUGAGCUAUGCCAUCAGAACUUUGAAAAUGUCCUCUUUUUCUUGUGUUUUUUUUGUUUUUGUUUUCUCUUCCGUUGUUUUAUUGUUUUGAUCCAAAAUGGUUUGUGUGGCUGUCUGCAGGCUGGAACUAAAUGCUGCAGAUUGAAAUCUCAACUGUGACCUAGCUGUGGCUAACUGUGAAUCUGCUGCAGAACUGCCCAUCAAGCCUCUCUCCUCUUCAUACUCUAGAUUCUCGUUUAUCGGUUGGUUUAUUUCUGUCUGUAUCAUUUUGUCUGUCUUGUUUUUUUUGUUAUUUCGAAAAGUUCAGAUCAGCCUUUUGUUAAGCUACUUUAUGUUCUGGAGAUAUUUUAGUGUACAUAAAACAUCCUUUUUUUAUUUUUUCAACCAAACAGUUUCUCGUCAGUUUUAAAGGGUCUGAUCAAGUUUUGGUUCAUCUAAUUGAUGUUGUAAUUCCAUGUCACCUGACAAUUUCUUGUUUCUUUUUACACUUACAUGUUUGUCAUAUGAACUGUUGGCUUUAAGCUUGAUGUUGUAUCCAAAUGUAGAUCAAUACAAUCUACUAACAAAUGAAAGAAUAUCUCCCUUUAGC